UUAAGACUCUGGCGUAUCUGGAAAUUAUUUUAGGUUUUCGAUCAGCUAUAAUUUUUUUUUCUUUUCUAACCUUGGCUCUUUCAUCAAUGCUCCAGCUUCCUGGAGGGGUUCCAGAACAAUCCAGAUUUCCCAGAUCCUUGGGAACAUGACCAAACUUGGCUUCUUGACACAUUGCUGAUUGUGACUUAGGACCCCUAAGCCCUCUCCUGCUCACUAAGUCCUUAGUCCAGACCCUAGGAGAACUGGGACAGACCAUUGUCACUGUGGCAUGUGGGUUCCAGGUGUCCCCACAGUGACCCAGAUGCUCAUUUGACUCAGAGUCACGGACUGUAGGACUUCCUCUGUAAAUUCUGCCCUGGCUCCCUCCCCCGCUGGCCCCCACCCCAUCUGUGCACUGCCCUGCCAGCUCUUCUAAGGAAAUUUGCAUCAUGGCCUUGUUGGGACAGCUUCAUUGAGCCAUGGUCUGUUCACCCACCUGCCUGCUGCUCCUGACCAUGACUCUUCCCCUGCUGGGCUCACCAGCUGCCCGAGCAUCUCAACCUGGACAGAGUCAGGCUGGAAGGGAAUCUGGGCAACUCCUGGCCCGCAGGAGUGCAGCAGGGGGUGUCCCCUCUGCUCCUGUGGAAUCAGUUCUGGUCUCUGUCUAUGUACAUCUGGACUUUCCAGACAAGACCUGGCCACUGGCUCUCUCCAGGACCCUGACCCUCCCUGCUGCCCUAGCUUCUGCUUCCCCAGGAACUCUCACCAGCCUCAGCCUCACAACAGAGUGUGACGUCAACCUCGAGGGGCAUAUCGAUUGUUCUUGUCUCUCUGGGUACCAGUGGAACGCCAGUGUCUGCUCCCGUCACCGGCCCUGCCAAGCCUUCCGCAGCGACCGGCCCUGUGGCUGUCUUGUCUUCAGCCAGCCUGAACCUGGGUACUGCCAGUUGCUGCCACCUGCUCCUCCUCAGGAACUCUCUGCCUCCUGCCUCCCUGCAGUCCCCGGAAACCUGAGCCUGAACUCCCCGCUGCAGAUGCCUGGCCACACGCUGAACCUGACUCUCCUCAUCAGCCAGGAGGCCACCAACCUCAACUGGUUCCUGAGGCACCCUGGGAGCCACAGACCGGUCCUCCUGCAGCCAGGGACACAGGUGUCCCUGACCUCCAGCCGGGGCCAGGCUGCCCUCACCAUCUCCAACAUGUCCCAUCACUGGGCAGGUGAGUACAUGAGCUGCUUCGAGGCCCAGGGAUUCAAGUGGAACCUGUACCAGGUGGUGAGGGUGCCUUUGGAGGUGACAGAUGUGGUUCGACUUCCAGAGCAGCUCUCCGUCUCCUGUGCCACCUCCCCUGGCUUCCAGCUGAGCUGCUGCCUCCCCCGCACAAACCUGGCCUACACAGCUGCCUGGAGCCCUGGAGCAGACGGCGAAGCCUCCUCAUUCAACAUGUCAGGCUCCCAGUGCCUCGUGCUGGCCGUUCAGCACUGCCCAGCGGCUGACACCACAUACACUUGUGACCUACAGAGCCACGGCCUCACUCCCCUCAGGGUCCCUGUCUCCGUGACCAUCAUCCAGGAUGGAGACAUUACCUGCCCUAAGGACUCCUCAGGUGUGGCCUGGAAUGUCACCAAGGCUGGCCACGUGGCACAGGCCCCAUGUCCCGUGAAUAAGAGCGGAGUGGUGAAGAGGUCCUGUGGGCCCGACGGGGUCUGGGGGCCCAUCCGCAGCAGCUGCACAGACGAGAGGCUCCUGGCCUUGCUCACCCGAGCCAGGCUGCUGCAGGCCGGCCAGGGCAAGCCCGAUGAGGAGGUGCCACAGAUCCUGAGGGAGCUGUCAGGGCAGGUGGCGGGGGCAAGCUCGCCCUCUGACCUACUGACGCUGCUGCGCACCAUGAAAUGCCUGGCCAAGGUGGCGGCAAAGGCCAGAGUACAGCUUGAGCGCAGUGCCCUGGAGAAUCUCCUGACAACCACAGACAAGGUCCUAGACAUGGACACCAGUUCUCUGUGGACCGAGAAGCCCCGGGUGGGCUCAACUUUCCUGCUGGCUGUGGAGACCCUGGCACGCAGCUUGUGCCCACAAGAUCAUCCCUUCACCUUCAGUUUGCCCAACGUGCAGCUGCAGACCCGGCUCCUCGGCCCCACGUUGCCUGCUGACUAUAAGAUCUCCUUCUCCACGUGGCCCCCCCUGCACGCACAGAUUCCCAGGCACACACUGGCCCUGCUGCGCCACAAUGGAACCAAAGUCAGUAUUACCAGCCUGGUACUGCAAAAGCUGGACCAACUUUUGCCCUCAAACUACGGACAAGGGCUUGGGGACUCCCUCUAUACCACUCCUGGCCUGGUCCUUGUCAUCUCCAUCAUGGCAGAUGGCCAGACCUUCCACCAGGGAGAGGUCAUCAUGGACUUCGGGCACACAAAGGGGACCCCUCACUGUGUCUUCUGGGAUCACAAUCUCUUCCCGGGCAAGGGGGGUUGGUCCAGAGAAGGAUGCCAGGCACAGGCAGCCUAUGCCAGCCUGACCACCCAGUGCAUCUGCCAGCACCUCACUGCCUUCUCCAUCCUCAUGUCCCCACACACUGUUCCUGAUGAUCGCGCCCUGGCACUGCUGAGUCAGCUGGGCUUGGGGGCUUCCAUACUGGCACUGCUUGUGUGCCUAGGCGUGUACAGGCUGGUCUGGAGAGUCGUGGUGCGGAACAAGGUCGCCUACUUCCGCCACACUGCUCUGCUCAAUGUGGUGCUCUGCUUGCUGGCUGCAGACACCUGCUUCCUGGGAGCCACACUGCUCCCUCCAGGGUCCCACAGCCCACUCUGCCUCACUGCUACCUUCCUCUGUCAUUUCUUCUACCUGGCCACGUUCUUCUGGAUGCUGGCGCAGGCCCUGGUGCUGGCCCACCAGCUGCUCUUCGUCUUCCAGCAGCUGUCCAUCCACCGAGUCCUCCCCCUGAUGGUGCUCCUUGGCUACCUGUGCCCCCUGGGGUUUGCAGGUGUCACCCUGGGCCUCUACCUACCUAGAGGGCAAUACCUGAGGGAGGGGGAGUGCUGGUUAGAUGGGAAAGGAGGGGCACUCUACACUUUCGUGGGGCCAGUGCUGGCCAUCGUAGGUGUGAACGGGUUGGUACUAGCCAUGGCUGUGCUGAAGUUGCUGAGACCUUCGCUGUCAGAGGGACCACCCGUAGAGAAGCGUCAAGCUCUUCUGGGGGUGAUCAAAGCCCUGCUCAUUCUCACACCCAUCUUUGGCCUCACCUGGGGGCUGGGCCUGGCCACUCUGUUAGAAGAAGUCUCCACAGUCCCUCAUUACAUCUUCACCAUUCUCAACACUUUCCAGGGUGUCUUCAUCUUAUUGUUUGGUUGCCUCACAGACAAGAAGGUACAAGAGGCUUUACGCAAACACUUCUGCCGCACCCAACUCCCCAACUCCACUGUCUCCCUGGCCACCAGCGAAAGCUCCAUAUCAGAGUGCAGCAAAGGAGGAAGUGAAGCUGCCAGGUGAGAGCUAAGCUUUCUCAGAGCAGUGUGAGCAGCGUGGAGGGGUGUAGCAAAGAGCCUCCUGGCAGAGUUCUUGACAGAAGGCUCCUGCACACAUACCCAGCCCCGCCCAGUGGGUGGAAAGCAGGUUUUCCUAGGGCGGCCAUUCCUAGAUGGGCUGGGGAAGGUGGAGGCCCCAGAAAGCAGACAGCAUAGCAUCGACUCUUGCUUUCCAAGAAAGCCAAAGGGAGUUUCGCCACCAAUUCUUGACUCAGUUCACUGUGAAAAUUCCUUUUCAUACUAUCACACUUCUAAUUAUCCUGAAAAACCCUUGCCCUAAGGCAUUGCCACUGGUGGGGUUGGAGUCCAGAGCGAGGGGUCUCCAGAGGUCGGGCAAAGUCUCCCUUCAGCAGCCCCAGGCUUCAGGGCGAGCUUCUUCCCAGGGAAGACAGACGCUUCAGAGGGAACCACGCAGACCCACGUUCCCGCAAGGGAGUCAAGGCCACAUGCUUGAAUCCACCAGACAGGCCCCAGCCCAUUACUCUGAACCCUUCUCCACUCCCCAAGCUCAGCCCUGGGUGAGGCAGGCUCAUAUUUCCAUUAGUCACACUCAUUUCUCUUGCAGCUCACCUGGACCCACCCCUAGAGUAUCCAAGCAAGAAUAGCAUGAAAAACUAGUUAAAGCCACCUGAUGAAUAAGCCUGUCCUUGCUAUAAAAAUAGUCCACAGAUAUCCAAGUUCAGAAUAAUUACAAGUAAACUGUCUCAACCAGUUUUUAACUAAUCGACAGUGCAUGUUAUGGAUAUAUUUGAUUAAAAUGGUUUUAUCUAUUCAGUGAUUUCUUUUCUGAUUAUUUCUUUUUUUUAAUAGUUACAAAGAAAGGAUGACUUAAUGGACAGGACUCUCUGAUCUUCCAAACUCUGGAGAAGGGCAGAAUUUGAUUGAUUCCUUAUCAAGUUUAGGAAAAGGUGAAGUUAAUUGGUCCCUCUUUCUUAAACCUUUAAUAAAAUCAAUAUAAAAUGUAAGUUCCAUAGACAUAUCCACAUAUACAAAAAGGCAUUGAUAUAAGCACAUUUGUAAGAAUGGGUUAUAAAAUUUAAAGUAGGGGGAAAGGUACCACAGAGAAAUAUUACAAACACUAAUAUUUAAAAGUGACAGGAUCAAGCUAAGGCUAGAGAAGAUAGAUUUAAGAAAAUCUUUUAGAGGACACUCAGACAUCUGGCUGAAUUAAUUUAUGGAAUCCACAAGCAGAAGAUGACAGGAGUCUGAGAAAUUUUUUAACUAGAUAAAUGAAAUAAUUUUGAUGAAUUAGUCUUUGUUAAUUAUGCAAUUCAUGUAUAUUUUUAUAAAAUGGGAUGGGGAUGUUUUCUGUCACAAUAAAAAUGGAUGUUACCACAUGCUGUUGAACACAUUUUUCUUAGAAACACUGUAUCUUCACUUAAUGAUUUGUGUGACUAUUUUAAUUGUGUAGAAACCAGCCCAAAUGUUUCUAUCAAUAGAUUCAAUCGUGCUUUCGAAGAGAAGAAAUCAGGGCCAUGGCGAUGUUCCUCAGGCUUGCUCCAGCCCCUGCAGGAGACAGGCAGUGACUGAGGUUGAGGGCUCUGCCUUGCAGCGCAGUCAUGUCUCAAUUCCACUUCAUUUCACUUUCACUGCAAUAGUAUUUGCAGUCUCCAUUUUUGAAUUAUAAAAGUACUCCUGGGUUACAUAUUCAAAUAAUACCCUUUCACUUUAGAGACAGCAGGGACUUCUUUUCUGAGAGUGAUUCUGUAGAUACAUGUGUUCUCAUUUUCCUUUGCAAAUGAUAGCACAUACUUAGUGCAUGCUCUGCUGAUAAAAACACACAUUUCAAACUGACAGAUAAAAUGACAUUAAGCCUUUGUUUAUUUGGCUCUCACCAUAAAAAGUAAAAGGACCAUAAAAGAAAGCUCUGGAGACAAUGAUAAGAAAACUGACAUUUAACAGCAAUUCCAUUUCUAAAAGGAUGGCUUAAAGAAAUAAGUGGACAAGUGAACAGAUAAAUGUACAAAGGAUAUGUAUUUAGGAUAAUAUAGUUACCUUGCGUGUGUGUGUGGUAAGAGCAUGUAAAAUCUACUCUCUUAGCAAGUUUCCAGUGUAUGUGUGUUUACAUCCUCUAAAAAGAGGAACCUAAAAAAUAUAUUAGGAUAUAUCUAUACCAAGGAACACUAUGUGGUCAUUAAAAAUGAUGAUGUAUACCUACACCUACUAAUAUGGAAACAUGUUUAGGCUAUAUAUCUAAGUAAAACAAAAGGGUUCCAGAACAGCAUCAUACUAUGCAAUUUUGGUUCAUACACAGGAGAGAUAUAAAAACAUUAACAGUGGGUAUCCCAACUUGAUUUUUCAUUUUCUUUCUACUCUAUAUUGUUGGCAUUUUUUUU